AUGGUGGGCGGUGGUCGAACUAUUUUUCAGCGACAUAAAGUGUCGUCCUUCUACUUCAACCGAACAUGGCAGGAAUACAAAGAUGGUUUUGGUUCUCUGUCAAGUGAUCAUUGGUUGGGUUUGGACAAACUCUACUAUCUGACCAAUAGUCAUGUUUUUACCGCCAUAUUCUACAUGAAGCUUGCCAAUUCGUCUUUCUAUCAACAUUAUUAUAGGGAAUUCGUAGUGAUGAAUGAAACCAACAACUAUCAAAUGACCUUUGCCCUUGCAGUCCCCCAUACUAUUACACCAUUAGGUGAUAGUUUAACGGCGGUAAAGAAUCAAUAUUUUAGCACUUAUGAUAACGACAACGACAACAGUAGCAGAAACUGUGCUUUAGACAUGAGAAGUGGGUGGUGGUAUAAUGACUGCGCACCUUGCAAUCCUAAUGGAGAACUAUUGAAGCCCACUCCUAAAUUUUAA